UCACAUUUGUGCAAGCAGAGGCUCGUCUAGCAUUCGCGUUCGCCGGAGUCGGGGAGAUGAUCCGGUACGCGACGCUUGAGGCGGCGGAGGCGGCGCUAGGGCGAGCCAUGACGGCGGCGGAGGCUGCAUGGUUCCGGCAUUCGCGCUCCACGCCGGAGUAUUGCCUCUACUUCGAGAGCCUCGUCAUCCUCCUCGCCGCCUACUCGCUCGUGCCGCUGCCCCUGGCCAUGCUCGAGCUCUGUGCGCCGGCAAAGCUCACCACGCCGUACAAGCUGCAGCCCCAGGUGCGGCUGUCGCCCGCCGCCUUCCUCCGCUGCUACAAGGACACGGCUCGCGUCUUGGUGCUCCUCACCAUUCGGCCCCUCUUGUACCUCCCCUACCCGAUCGUUAAGAUCGCAGGGAUCCGGUCGGGGCUGCCCCUUCCGUCGGCGGGGGAGGUGGGCGCGCAGCUACUGGUGUACAUGCUCGUGGAGGACUACCUGGGCUACUGGCUGCAUCGGCUUUUGCACAGGGGGUGGGCGUACAACAAGAUCCACUACGUCCACCACGAGUACCCAGCACCCAUGGGGUUUGCCGCGGCACACUCGCACUGGGUCGAAUUGCUCAUCCUCGGCUUCCCGGCCUUCGUUGGCACGGUCAUCGUGCCCUGCCAUAUGACCACCUUCUGGCUCUGGUUCGCCAUCCGUGGUGCUGUGGCCAUCGACACGCACAGCGGGUUCGAUUUCCCGUUCAGCCCGACCAAGCUUAUCCCAUUCUACGGAGGCGCAGAAUGCCACGACUACCACCACUCUGGUGGACGGUGGAGCCAGAGCAACUUCGCUCCGUUUUUCACGUUUUGUGACUAUAUAUAUGGGACAGAUAAGGGUUACAGGCACUAUAAGUCAAGCCUACGGAAGCUAUAUUGGAAAAAAAACUGCAACUCUGCAAGACAGCCUCUCGUGUGGUGCAUGUAG